GAACAAAUUUACAGUUGUUUAGUCUGUAAAUACUUUUUGGUCUGGAUCAAAAUUCAAAGUAUUUAGGUAAUUUUAUAAAUCGUUAAACGUGGCAAUGAGUGCGGUCUCCAUGCUAUUGCACAAAGUGCUGCAAUCAGGACUAUGCAGAGCGACCACACGCUGCAGUUCCAGCAGCGUUAAGUUUGAGCCCUUUGCGCGUAUUGAGCCUGUGGCGCCCAACGAGCAUAAUCGACUGGAGGCGGCUUACCACAAUGAUACAAGUCCGCUGAAACUCAAUCUGAGUGGCGAGUUCUAUCGCAAUAGCGAUGGCAAACCGCAAGUCUUUCAAGCCGUACACAAAGCAGCCAUUGGCGUGGCUUGCGAUGAGAAACUGUCGCAGGAGCCGUUGCCGCCGCUGGGCAAUGCUGACUUUAUAAAGGCGGCUAACGAACUGAUACUCACCAACUCCGCGGAGGCGUUGCUGGAGAAGCGCGUGCUGGGCGUGCAGACGCGUUCGAGCCUUGAUGCGCUGCGUGUGGCCGCGCAGUUUCUGCGCGAGAAGAUGAAAUGCAAUGUGUGCCUGUUGGCGAAGCCAAGUUCUGAGACAUAUGAGCGUAUUUUCAAGCAAGUUGGCUUCCAGUGCCACAGCUAUCAGUAUUUUAGUGAGGCCAAAGGCGAGUUGAACGUUUUCGGUCUGGUGGCGGAUCUGAUGACUGCGCCAGAGGGCUCUGUGGUGCUGCUGGAUGCCUGCGCACAGAAUCCCACGGGCUUGGAUCCCAGCGUAGAUGAAUGGAAGCUCAUCAGUCACAUAAUCAAGUGUAAGAAAAUGUUGCCAUUGCUGCAUCUGGAGUCACACGGCUUGGCCACCGGCGAUGUUGUGCAGGAUGCUUGGCCAGUGCGUUACUUUGCUGGAUGUGGCUUCGAUGUGCUCUGUGCUCAGUCAUUUGUCAAGAAUUUCAGUCUCUACAAUGAGACUGUGGGUCAGCUAAUGAUCGUGCUUGGUAAUCCCAAGCACUUGCCUGCGGUGCGUGAGCAUCUGGAGAACAUGCUGUUAACUGAAAAGGAGCAAAGCUCGUCGGUGUUUGCCAGUCGCAUUGUGGCCAAAAUUCUAACAACCACUGCACUCCAUCAGGAAUGGACUCAUACGAUCAAGGACAUACAUCAGCGCCUGCAUAAAAUGCGUACGUUGUUUGCCAAAAAGUUGAAGGAGCUGAAAACUCCUGGAAACUGGGAUCAUCUAAGCGAUCAGAAGGGUCCAUAUCUCUAUACAAAUCUGAAAAAUAAGCACUUACAGCAAUUACAAGCGCGUCACAUUUAUAUUCCCAGCUCGGGCCGCAUUAAUGUUGGAGCACUGAGAACAAAUAAUGUGGAAUAUUUGGCGAGUGCCAUCAAUGAUGUCCUUAAAUGUAAACAGACUGAUACAGUUGAUACAGCCGAUCUUACCUCCGCUCAUCUGCAUGCUUUGCAGCAUUUUUUUAAUGCCGCCUAAUUGAAAAUUACUUGCACUUUGAUACAUUAAACUUGUUAUGCUACAAUGAUUAAUGCACUACGCUUUAAGCUU